AUGCGUUGCUAUCAAGUACUGCUACCAAUACUUUUUGGCUUAAUUCUUGUUAUGGCGUUAAUAUUCAACAAUUAUGAAGAGCACUCUUUUUUCCAUAUUAAAAUUAACCAUGGCAAUAUCUCGAUUGAACAAGCUCUUCAAAAACUUCCAACAUGUACUCAAGAUGACGGACCUCGUCAACGUGCUCUUCUCUAUGCUCUUCAACAAUGGACUUAUUUUGCUCAACAACAUAAUAUUCGAUAUUGGAUUGCAUAUAAAACACUUGCUAGUUAUGUUCAACACCAUAGUUUAUCACCACAUGAUCUCGAUAUUGAUCUUUUCAUCAUGGCACAAGAUACAUCACAACUUGCUGAACUUUCUCAAUUCAAUUUUUCAUUAAUUUAUGAACUCAAAGUUCAUCCACAAUGGUUUAUUGUUGGAGAAACAAAACGUUCAUAUUUUUAUUCUGAAGGCAUUGAUUUUAUUGCACCAAAUGCACGUUUUAUUAAUCGAAAAGAUGAUAUUCAUCUAGAUAUUUGGCCUAUGUAUGAUUAUCAUCCAAAUCAAACAAGAAUACAGAGAAAUAGUAAGCCAAUACUAACUGAAUAUGAUAAAAAUUAUAAUUGGGUAUCAUCACCAAAACAAUGGACAUUUCCAUUACAAGAAUGUCUAUUUAGUGGAAUUAAAGUAUGGUGUCCAGCAGAACCAGAAAAACUAGUGGCUAAUAUUUAUGAAGAAAUCUCUUUCGAAUUAGCAUCGACACAAUGCAUUGAUGGUUCUUGGGUAAAACUACAUGAACAUACAUCUGCAGAAACCAAGACAACAAUGAACAGCCAGACUAUCAGUACUGCACAAAUAACAAAGGCUCAGACAACAACUAUAACAUUAAACGAUAAUGAUCUCAUCAAAAAAGCUCUUAAACACAUUCCAAAAUGUACACCAAACGAUCGUUCUCGUCAAAGACGUCUUUUGACUAAUCUUCAGGUAUGGUCUCAUUUAGCAGAACAAUAUAAUCUUCAGUAUUGGAUAACAUAUGGAACACUUGUUGGUUAUGUUCAACGUCGUGGUUUAUUACCACAUGAUUUAGAUGUUGAUGUAAUAAUGAUGUCUGAUGAUACACCACAACUGAUUAAACUUUCUCAAUCGAAUAUUUCUUCCGAUUAUGAAAUUAAAGUUCAACCACAAUGGUAUAUUGUGAAUGAAACUCAUCGUUCUUAUUUUCGUGAACAAGGUAUACAUUUUGUUGCACCUAAUGCAAGAUUCAUUCAUCGAAAAACCAGCCAACAUGUUGAUAUAUUUCCUGCACAUGAUUUCAAUCCACUUUAUG